CUAGUCUACGACUUCUAAAAUCCUUAUUUGGUUUUCAUUCCUAUAUAACUUCUUCAAUUGAUAUCAAUCAAUAUGGAGAACGAUAACGUCGACGUGGUACCACCUAGUGGGGCGGCUCCGGCGAGUUCGAGGUGGAAUCCGACUAUGGAACAGAUAAGUAUGCUCGAGAGUUUUUACAAGCAAGGUAUUAGGACACCCAGUGCUGAGCAGAUACAGCAGAUUACAAGUAGACUCAGGGCGUAUGGUCAUAUUGAAGGGAAGAACGUGUUUUACUGGUUUCAGAACCAUAAGGCAAGGCAAAGACAGAAGCAGAAGCAAGAAAACAUGGCCCGUGUCAAUCGCUUUCUUCACAAUAAGCCUCCUCCACCUUUGUUGCUUCCUGCUCAUCCCCCUCCUCCUUGCACCAACCUUGUUUGCAGUCCAUCAUAUUACAUGCAACAUAAUGGAGUAGGGUUUUAUCCUCCACAAGCACCACACUAUCCGAAAGUAUUAUUGCCUAGUGACAUCAGGAGGAGACCGUAUGCAGAUGCGCAACAGAGUUACAAUAGCAUGAUAAGAUUGGAAGGAGGCGAUGGAAACGAGGGAAUCAUGAUGAACAGAAACAACAACAGUAUCUGUGACCAGGAAACAUUGGAUCUUUUCCCUCUGCACCCAACCGGAAUCUUGGACACAAGUAGGUCUUCGAAUUCUUUUAGAAUGACUUCAGUGGCUGAAGAAUCCUAUCCUUGGAGUUCAUCUGAGACCACCACCACCACCACCGCCAUUGUUGGUGGUGAAGAGGGUUGUGGAGAACAACCAUUCUUCGAUUUUUUUGGACAGAGAGCAUCUUGUGAAGAAGAAUAACUGUCUUUUGUGUUUUGGCGGCUAGUGCGAUAUGAGACUUGGGGAAGGGACGAGCACUUCUUUUUGUGCAUUUCUAUGUAUCAGCUCAUCCAUGGUUGGUGGAUGGACCGUUGACUUGGAGCUUAGUAAUGAACCUUUU